GCCGCCCACGUGAUGCGCGCGGCCAAUGGGCGCGGCCGGCCCGGUCCCGGCAGCCCCCGCGCGCGGCGGGGCUCGGUCCGUAAGAUGGCGACCGUCAGCCUGCGGCUCGGGGAUCUGGUGUGGGGCAAGCUGGGCCGGUACCCUCCAUGGCCAGGAAAGAUUGUUAAUCCACCUAAAGAUCUGAAGAAACCUCGUGGGAAAAAGUGCUUCUUUGUGAAGUUUUUUGGAACAGAAGAUCAUGCUUGGAUCAAAGUAGAACAGCUGAAACCUUAUCACGCUCACAAAGAGGAAAUGAUAAAGAUUAACAAGGGUAAGCGCUUCCAGCAAGCUGUGGAUGCGGUAGAGGAGUUCCUUAGGAAAAACAAAAGCAAGGACCAGGCGUCUUCCCAUAACUCCAACGAAGAGAAGAACCGGCGUAAUUCCAGUGAAGAAAGAGGCAAGCAAUCUGCUGGUGAAGAGAAACGUAAAGCCAGUUUGUCUGAAGGGAAGUUGAAGAAGGGCACAGGGGAAGGCAAAAAGAGGGUCUCUUCUGUAUCGUCAGAGAGAGGAUCAAAAUCACCUUUGAAAAGAGCCCAGGAUCAGAGCCCCCGAAAGCGGGGGCGCCCACCCAAGGACGAGAAGGACCUCACAAUUCCAGAGUCAAGUACAGUGAAGAGAGUGAUGACUGGAACAGUGGCUGGAUUUAAAUGGCCGCCAGGCGUCAGUGAGCCUGUGAAGGACAGUGAUCCACACUUUCAUCACUUCCUGCUGAGCCAGACAGAGAAGCCAGCUGUCUGCUAUCAAGCUAUCACAAAGAAGCUGAAAGUUUGCGAAGAGGAAACAGGAUCCACCUCCAUCCAGGCAGCAGACAGCACAGCCGUCAAUGGCAGUAUCACGCCUACAGACAAAAAGAUAGGAUUUCUGGGACUUGGUCUGAUGGGGAGUGGCAUUGUCUCCAACUUACUGAAGAUGGGUCACACUGUAACUGUCUGGAACCGGACUGCCGAGAAGUGUGAUUUGUUCAUCCAGGAGGGGGCACGGCUGGGAAGAACCCCUGCUGAAGUUGUCUCCACCUGUGACAUCACCUUUGCCUGUGUAUCAGAUCCAAAAGCAGCAAAGGAUCUGGUGCUUGGUCCGAGUGGAGUGUUGCAGGGCAUUCGCCCAGGGAAGUGUUACGUGGAUAUGUCCACUGUGGAUGCAGAUACAGUCACGGAGCUGGCCCAGGUGAUCGUGUCCCGAGGUGGUCGCUUUUUGGAAGCACCGGUCUCAGGAAAUCAGCAGCUCUCUAACGAUGGGAUGCUUGUGAUCCUGGCAGCUGGUGACAGGGGUUUAUAUGAGGACUGCAGUAGCUGUUUCCAGGCGAUGGGCAAGACCUCUUUUUUUCUAGGUGAAGUAGGCAAUGCUGCCAAGAUGAUGCUGAUUGUGAACAUGGUCCAAGGCAGCUUCAUGGCAACGAUAGCAGAAGGACUGACUUUGGCUCAAGUGACUGGCCAGUCCCAACAGACCCUUCUGGAUAUCCUCAAUCAGGGACAACUUGCCAGCAUCUUCCUGGACCAGAAGUGCCAAAAUAUCUUGCAAGGAAACUUUAAACCUGAUUUCUACCUGAAAUACAUUCAGAAAGAUCUUAGAUUAGCUAUUGCACUGGGUGAUUCUGUCAACCACCCAACUCCCAUGGCAGCUGCGGCCAAUGAGGUCUAUAAACGAGCAAAAGCAUUGGACCAAUCAGACAACGACAUGUCUGCAGUGUACAGGGCCUACAUCCACUAGGCUGCACCGUUCUUACUGUUAAUACUAUGAUUAUUGAUUAAUAUUAUUAUGAUACUGGGUUUUAACUCUGGACCAGUCCAUCUCUGUCUCUCCAUUUCCUUUUAUACACAGACUUUGAGAUCUGCCACGGAGGCAGCUGCUGCGGUGAGCCUUCCCCUGGUGGCAGAAAGGGGGGUGGAGGGGGCUCGGAUUGUUGCAGUCUAAUUAGAAAAAUCCAUGCCACGCACUGACGGUCAUGGAACAGAACAGUGGCGGCUUGUUCAGAAGCUCUGAGGCAACUCUGCCAGAAAUCUGCUGCUUGGCUGCUUUUAUUUUCCUAUUUGUAUGCUUGUCCAAGAUGCUGUUUCUAACGAUCCGUUUUCUCCUUUUGCUGUGAAAUAAUGCGUGUGUUGGGCUCUGUACAUCAAGGGCACAGGUGACAUCCAUCCCAUCUUCCCACAAAUAUCACUAAAGUCCGUGUUCCCAAGUGAGGUGAGGAGCAUUCAUGUUAACCGGCCACUGUAAAGAGAACAAAGCACCUCCCAUGGAGGAGAAAGGCACUUCCAGAAGGUAAUGGGGUCACACACAUCAUUGUCUUGAUUCUGGUUUUUUAAACUUCCACCUCCCCAGGACCUUGGUGGAGGAAUUCCUCGUACUGUUAAGAACAGAUUGCAUCCAUGUCUUCCCCUGUACAGACUAUAGCUUAGAGAACACGAACCUCACUGAGAAUGAGAGGAUGUCAGUGUAGAUGAGCCUUCUAAAAGGCUGAUGACAGCUGCCCACUCCACAAACAGCGCUGGAGACCAACUCGUUUGCAUAGGCACCUGCAAGAGAAAUACAGAGCCUAGAAGUGUGCCAGAGAGUUUUAUUUGGAGAAGGAACAAACCUCAGGGUUGCUCCUGGCAUUGGCUUAUGUUACUUCCCAUCUUGCUUCUUUUGGGUUUUGGCUCUUGAUUACAAAGGUGUCUUGGAUUGUAGCAGUGUCACAAGCAGAGUGAUGAGUCUGAAGGGGUUGAGAAGAAUGAUCCAUAGAGCCAAGAGACUGAGAACCCUGAGCUCGUUUCCACGCUUGCUCUCUGGCCUUUGCAUGGUUAUUGUGUCUUUUAGCCUGUUUGCCCAUCUUUAAAGGUGGGUGAUGAUUACCUACCUCACAGGGAUAUUUUGUGUACCGAUGAGUGAUCUUUAUACGUGUCAGGUUUUCCGUAUGUGUUCUUAGCAUUACUACUCUGGUUACAACAUUAGUGCAGCGUGAGGCUUUUCCCUGUGCCUGUGGCUCUGCUUGUGGCCAGAUACCACCUUCUAGAAGGACGAGCAAAUAAAACGAGAGGCCGACACCACUGCUGAGCUUCAGUCUGGAGGUGUGGGGCUAGAACUGCCAAGGCCGGAGAGCAGAGGUGUUCUCAGUGUCCAUAGUGGAGCAACCUAGAGUCCAAAGGAUGCCUGUCUCUCUGAAAACAUGCAGAGCAUGGCUUAGAGUGUGUUUGAUGUUGUUCUAUUAGCCUUUUAGGAGAGUUCUUGCAAUUUAGAUUUGUGAGUUACUAAAAUGUCAGUAAGGAACUUUGUGCCACUGAGAAGGGAUUUUGGCCAAUAAUCUCCUCCCUUGGAUUGGGAUUCUGAAAGAAAAGAAAGCAAAUUCAAAUUAGAUCAUGUUCCUUUACACCAGUGAGGUCUGCCCCUCCCACCAUCUUAUUUUGCUAGGAACUUAGUGGCUGUGUAGGGAAAUUUCCCUGUGGGUUCAGAUUUCUUACCAAUCCUGCUUUGUGCAGCAUGUGGUUUGGGGCACCUUCUUGAGAAACAGAGGAAGCAUCAGAUGCUCGUUUGGCAUCCUGACAUCUUAACACCUCAUGCUAUAAGUGUUACUUUGUGGGAUAGUUUGCCUCCUGUGGUCACUAUUUGUGGGCUGAUCUUGUCAUGCAUUCUGUCCUGUGGUGAACAUCUUGUUAUAGACGACCUCUUAGGCAUCUCCUUGCCCUUCUGUCAGUGGUGGAGGGGAGCAGCGCUAGCUCUACAUCCAUCUUUAGCAACACAACUGUCAUCCUGCAUAGACAUAGUCAUACUAAAAGCACACAUAACGGUCCCGCAUAACCAGCCAUUAGCCCGCUUUUCACACACUCACGCUUCCCCACCCAAAAGAACUUGGGUGUUGGCAUCCCAACUCCUUGGUUAAACACGCCGCGGUUCAGAAAUCACUCGCACGAAGUGUGUAUUGAGGGAACAGUGUUUUGGGGUGCAGGAGGUAAGACCAUAGGUUUUUAGUGUAAGAAAUCCUUUGAGACGAAGCGGGAGGUGCUGUCCCAUGUCCAGCUGAGAGCAGAACCAAUGCAGCAACAUCCCUGACCUAUCCCUGCUGAGCUCUCUUGGGCCAGCAGGAUGGUGAAUGUGUCUGAGCAAAGGUGGUGAAGGAUCUCCUUCUCUUUUACUUUGUGGUGCCGCUGGAUAGAGCGAGAAUACAAAUGGAGCUCUUGAGUCCUGGGAUGUGUGUUUCACAGCAAAUUCCAAGAACCAUAGUUGUGAUGAGGAGACCUUAGGGAACUCGUUCCUGCAGGCUUUGUUUUCCAGAAAUACUGUAGUUGUCGAAAUGGAGAUGGUUCUUUCUUUGGGAGUGGGAGGUGCAGACGAGUUAAACACUGUAAUUUCUCCUGGGAAAGUCUGCCUGCAGCGUUUGGGCGCGGGAGGUGGGUGUAGAGUGCUGGGGAGCACGGCGCUGCCCAGCCAGCUGGACGGUCCUGGGUGCGCCAGGGAGGAGCAGGAGCCCGAGAGCUCUGAAACGGAAUCCAAGCAAGGAGGAGAGAUGGGAAUAGCGGAAAGCGGACUGCUUUGGAUGCCGUUUGAGAUGGAUUCAUGUCUGUCUCACUCGGAUUCUUAUAUUUGUCUGUAGCCUCUGAACAUGAAUCUCAAUCUGUUCCUAGGCCUGAGAGCUGGGGGACGGCAAGGGGAGGGGGGGUGCUGUGGAUUGAGAGAUGCUCCAAUCAAACUGGCUAGUCAGUGUUGUCUUAAUAUUGUUGACAAUUCUGUAAAGUUCCUUUUUAUGCAGAUUUCUGUUUUAGCAAAUUGCUUUUUUUGACUUCCCUCCUUUUUAAAGAGAAAAUGUGACACUUGUGAAAAGCUUGUAACAAAAGCAGUUUCUUUUUUCCUUGAUGAUAGAUCCUAUAGUUAAUUAAGGUUGUGAAUUUUUUUCUCUUGCCUUGUUUUUAAUUAACGUUUGUCAUUCAGAAUAGGAUGUGUGAAAAUGUUUAAAUGGCAAAACAAAACGAUUUUUUUUUUGUGCAAUUAACAAAGCUACUGGCAAAAAGAAUAAAACCUUUCUUGGUAACACAA